AUGGCUACAGGACCAAAUAAUGCGAUAACAGGCAAAAAACCAGCUCCAACGGCAUCAGCUGAAGGUGCAGCAGCUAGUGGAUUACGUAAUCGUCGCCCAGCAACAACAGCUCGUUCUGGUCAAAAUACAGGCCGUGGUAUGGGUGGUAGUACUGCUGGUAUUCUACGUUUCUAUACGGAUGAUUCACCUGGUUUAAAGAUUGGACCAACGACAGUUUUAGUCAGCUGUCUCAUGUUUGUGGGCUUUGUCGUGUUGUUACACGUAUGGGGUAAAUUCCGUGGCUAG